CCGGCUCUAGCCACAAGCGAUAUCUGCUAUACAGUAGUAGUGGAAGCCAAUUCAUUUAUCUCGGGAGCUGAGCAUCGCCGCAGUCAACAUGGUUUUAGAUUUAGAUCUUUUCCGGGAGGACAAGGGAGGAAACCCGGAGCUCAUCAGAGAGACUCAGAGAAAAAGAUUCAAGGACCCGGGACUGGUAGACGCAUUGCUGAACUCAGACACAGCCUGGAGAAAGUGCCGGUUUCAGGCAGACAAUCUUAAUAAACAGAAAAAUCUUUGCAGCAAAAUCAUCGGGGAGAAAAUGAAGAAAAAGGAACCUUUGGGAGACAGUGAUGUGCUUCCUGAAAAUAUCCAGCUUGACCAGCUGACAGCUGAAAUUCUCAGUGCUUUGUCAGUUACACAGAUAAAGAGACUGCGGGUUUUAAUAGAUGAAGCCAUAACCGCAACUGACUCAGAACGUAUCAAGCUGGAAGGGGAGAGAUUUGAAAGUUUACGUGAGAUUGGGAACCUGCUUCACCCAACAGUGCCUAUCAGCAAUGAUGAGGACAAUGAUAACAAGGUGGAACGCACUUGGGGAGACUGUGAAGUUCAAAAGAGAUACUCGCAUGUGGACCUUGUGGUUAUGGUGGAUGGCUUUGAGGGUGAAAAAGGAGCUGUAGUAGCUGGGAGCAGAGGAUAUUUCUUAAAGGGUCCACUGGUGUUUCUAGAGCAGGCCCUAAUACAGCUUGCUUUGCAUACUCUGGCAGAAAAGGGAUACACCCCAAUAUAUACCCCAUUCUUCAUGAGGAAAGAGGUCAUGCAGGAGGUGGCCCAGCUCAGUCAGUUUGAUGAAGAACUGUACAAGGUGAUAGGUAAAAGCAGUGAAAAAUCUGAUGACAACUCUAUAGAUGAGAAGUACCUGAUAGCCACUUCAGAACAGCCAAUAGCUGCAUUACAUCGGGAUGAGUGGCUGAAGCCUGAAGAUUUACCUAUACGAUAUGCUGGCCUAUCAACCUGUUUCCGGCAGGAAGUGGGGUCCCAUGGAAGGGACACACGAGGCAUAUUUAGAGUACACCAGUUUGAGAAGAUUGAGCAGUUUGUUUAUGCCUCACCUCAUGAUAACAAGUCCUGGGAAAUGUUAGAAGAAAUGAUUAUGACAGCCGAAUCAUUUUACCAGAUGCUGGGCAUCCCAUAUCGUAUUGUGAAUAUUGUUUCAGGCUCAUUGAAUCAUGCUGCCAGUAAGAAGCUGGAUUUAGAGGCCUGGUUUCCUGGCUCCAGUGCAUUCAGAGAGCUGGUCUCUUGUUCUAACUGCACUGACUACCAAGCCCGUCGGCUGCGGAUCCGCUAUGGACAGACAAAGAAGAUGAUGGAUAAGGUAGAGUUCGUACACAUGUUAAAUGCUACUAUGUGUGCCACAACCCGUGUAAUUUGCGCAAUCCUAGAGAACUAUCAGACAGAGGAAGGCAUAGUUAUACCAGAGAAACUCAGGGACUUUAUGCCUCCAGGUCUAAAGGAUAUUAUAAAGUUUGUAAAACCAGCUCCAAUUGACCAGGAACUCUCCAAAAAGCAGAAGAAGCAACAGGAAAGAGGAAAGAAGACAGAAAAUUGUGGUUUAGAUUCUCAAAUGGAGAACAUGAAUGUUAAUUCAGCUUAAGAUAUUUGGCCCUCACACUGUAUACCCUUUCUGUCUUGUAUGCUGCCUCUUGCAUUUAACUACAUCCCAUCGAUCAGAUCAUUAAAUUAUUGAAAAUCUGA